CAGGCAGGGCGCAGGCGGCGGCGGGCGGCAUGGAGAGCCUGCUGGAGAACCCGGUGCGUGCCGUGCUCUACCUCAAGGAGCUCACGGCCAUCGUGCAGAACCAGCAGAGCCUCAUCCACACCCAGCGCCCGCGCAUAGACGAGCUGGAGCGGCGGCUGGACAAGCUAAGCGCCGAGAACCGCAGCCUGUGGGAGCACCAGCAGCUGCUGCAAGCCCAGCCUCCGCCCGGGCUCAUCCCUCCGUCGCCAGCCCUGCCGCCUGCCACCCCGGCCACCGCUGCCGUCGCCGGGGCCCAGGAACCUCUCCAGAACCACCGACAGAUCUCUCCCGCAGCGCCACAGCCCGCGCUGGAGCAGCCACCGCUUCAGAACCACGGACAGCUCCUGGCGCGGCCCCACCCGGACCCCAGCACCAGGGCUCACGCACCUCAGUCCCACCAGCACCCAGUGGCGCCUGGGGCCGUCCCCGACAAAGAGAAGGAGCAGCCCCCGAGUUGUUGCACUGCUGCUGGAACCCUCCUUCAGCAUAAAUCCCCCUGCCGCCCUAGGCAAGGGCGUCCUGAGCAGGAGACCCGAGACUGCUGGGAAAUGAAGAGGUCAGGCCAAGAAAGCGCCAGGCAAGGCGAGUGCCUGCGGGCAGUGAGCACUCAAGAAGGUAUAUUAGUUGCUGUUGUUUGGGGACCUUCGAGGCCAGAAAGUGCUUUUCGAAGCGAUGGCUCCUGCACCCAGGCCGGUGGGGGCAUGGAGGACUCCAUGGUGGCAGCGGCGGCGGUGGCAGCCGGCAGACCCAGUGCCCAUGCCCUGAAGGCUCAAGCCCAGGAGCUGCAGCAUGAGGAGGAGCGGCCGGGGACAGGGGAGUGCCUCCCCAAGGGAUGGCUCCUACUGUGUGGCCUCCCCUGGCCGGCAGCAGCCUGCUCCCAUGACCCUAACGCCUCUGAUUACGAGCUCUCCCUUGACCUAAAGAAUAAACAGGGAGUUCGGAUCCUGUUGUGUGCCACUGCUGAGGAGGACCCUGUUGGAGCCCGUGUGGGAUAUCCAAAUGGCAUGGUCUCUGUGCCAUCCAAACCAGGGGACCAUGUGGCGGUGGUCCGUAGCAGCCAGGCCUUGACCCCACGUCAGGUCCUGGGUGGAAGUCAUGUUUUCUUUUUUGGACAGCAGUACUUUCUACAAGUGAUCUCCCCUACCCGAGCCUUGGGGUCCAGCCUCAUCCGUGAGGUGAUCACCCUCUUAAGGGGAGAGGUGGUUGAUUAUGUUUCCAACAUUCCAGUUUCCUCAUUGAAGAAACAAGAGAUUAUUCUGGAAUAUCUAAGACUUGUUCUUCCUCUGAAGAUGAGAGUCCCACCAUGGCCCUGGAUGGCAUCAGGGGCCAGCCUUCAGAUGAUGGUGAAGGCAGUGCCAGUCAAGGGUUGUCCUUCUGUCCACCUGCAUCCAAUUCAGCGAGCACUACCGCACAGCUGCUAUGUGCAAGGCCUGGGCCACUGCACUACAAAAGACGAAGUUCCAGGCCUCAAGGAGCUCACUCCAGGGGUGGGCACUGACAUGUACUAUCUGAUCCCCAAAUGCAACGCCCUGACCUCUACCCGCUCCACCCCCCGCCCCCCGGAAAUCGCCAACCGCUGGGAAGCCAGUCCUAUAUCCUACACAUCUAGGAGUCUUGACAAGCAUCUGAUGGAAAUGCUAGAACACAAGUACGGGGGCCACCGCCUGUCCCGGCGCGCCGCUUGCACCAUCCAAACCGCCUUCCGCCAGUACCAGCUCAACAAGAACUUCAAGAAGAUCCGCAACUCGCUCCUGGAGAGCCGCCUGCCGCGACGGAUCUCCCUGCGCAAAGUCCGCGCGCCCACUGCUGAGAGCCUGGCGGCCGAGAAGGCGCUCAUGGAGGGCUACGGCCUCAUGGGGCUGCCACUGGUGCGCUCGCCCUCCCUGCCGCCCACCUUCGCGGGCACGCUCACCGAGCUGGAGGACUCCUUCACUGAGCAGGUGCAGUCCCUGGCCAAGUCCAUACACGACGCGCUCAGAACCUGGAACCUCAAGACCAUGUGCUCCCCGCAGGAGAGCAGCGCCUACCAGCUCCACCAGGCCCUGCACGCGGGCGCGGGGCCGCCAGGCCUAGAGGCCGAGAUGCCGGAGCUCUGCAGUGCCCGCCCCGCGCCCGCGCCCGCGCCCGCUCCGGGGUAAGAGGCCGCCGCCGAGGCCGCCGGCCUGCCCCAGGGCCACGGCAGUACCUUCAUGAUGGCUUUCCGGGACAUCACCGUGCAAAUCGCCAACCAGAACAUCUCUGUUUUCUCCGCCACGGCUCUGUCAGUGGCCAACUGUCUGGGCACGCAGACCGCCCAGGCCCUGGCGGAGCCCACGGUGGGCAAAGCCGAGCAGGGAGAGGCCCCGGGGCAGGAGGCCUCGGUGGCCACAACCGCGGCUCAGGGGGACGGGCCCGCCGAAAACACUGGCGCAGAGGCUGGAGCCAGCGGGUCCCCGAGCACCCACCCUCCUGGGGGUGCUGUGGAGGCGCUGGUGGAGGGGGCCACGGUGGCGGCCGAGGCAGAGGUGGCGGAGGAGGGGACUGGGGAGGUGGGGAAAGGGACUGAGGCUGAGGCUGCGAACUCGGAGCCGCUGAGCAGCAGCAGCACGUCCACCAAGUCGGCCAAGUCAGGCUCGGAAGCAUCAGCCUCAGCCUCCCAGGAGGCCCUGCAAGCCAUGAUUCUGAGCCUGCCGCGCUACCACUGAGAGAACCCCGCCAGCGGCAAGUCGCCCACGCUCUCAACGGACAUCCUAUGCAAACGGUUCUACCGCAUCGGCCUCAACCUUUCCAACAUAAACCCAGACAAAGGCAUCCAGUUCCUGAUCUCUGGAGGCUUCAUCCCCGACACCCCCAUCGGAGUGGCCCACUUCCUGCUCCAGCGCAAGGGCCUCAGCCGGCAGAUGAUCGGGGAGUUCCUAGGCAACAGCAAGAAGCAGUUCAACCGCGAUGUGCUGGAGUGAGUGCCCCUCUCCCCACGCAUGGCCCAGGGUCCCACAGGACACAGGGGAGGGAACAGGACCCCUGGAGUCUGGGCCCGUUGCUGUAUCUUGACCAGCCUUUGUUUCCCCCUCCUGGGGUCCUGCAUUUACUGAGCGGGCUCCAGGCUGGGUCCCACUGAAGGCACCAGGGGUAUAGAAAUGGUCGAAGGAGACGAAAAGGCCUCCUUCCUGCUACCCUGUGGGGCCAGAGAGGAGGACUGGGUCUACACGGGGACUGUCUCUGCCUGGUGAACAGACCCUCAGCCCACCACCUUGCUGCCGUCUGCCCAGCUCCUGAGCCCCCACUGGCUGGCUUGCUCCCCAUGUGGGUUCAGUUUCAUAUUGGUGGAGGCAAACACAAGUCAGGAAAAGGGAGUUAGAUGGAAGGGUUUCAGAGCAAGAAAAUACAGUGAUUCCACAAACAUACGUUUACCACCAAGAUCAACAGAUGUGGGCAGGAUGUGGGCUUGGCUUCACUAGUGCUCUUGGCUCUGUUCACGUGGAGGCGUGGGCAGGUGAGAGCCCCCAGGUCUGGGGUGGCAUCCUUGGGGCCGCGAAGCCACCUUGCCCCUGGCAGAGAGAGAAGUUGAGGCCCCAUAAAGUCUGCUCCAGACCCCCUUCUUGAAGGUCACCAUGCUGUCGGAAGCCUCUCCCUGGGAAGUCAGCAGACUUGUUUCUCGGGGGUUCUGAAACAAUCUCUCCCUUUCGUCUUGCUCUUGGAGCAGUAAGGGGCUGCUGUAGGAGGGACAGGGGUCUCCUGCCCGAGGGUUUGGGAGUAGCCUGACUGGCAAGAUUGUCACUGUGCCCGGAGAGGGAGCUCGGAGAUCUGGCUUCUGUUUACGCAGUAGUCUUGGUGCUGUGUCUUUGGACAAGUCCCUGCCCUGGGGCCUCCGGUUCUCUGCCCGUGGACUGGAGGGGGCUGGAUUAUGAGGGGUCAUCCCGUUGUCCUCUGGAAUCCCUGUCACGCUCCUGAAUCCACUCAGUCUAACUGAGUACAGUCCGAAGAGCAGGGGCUUGGACAUAUGUGAGGGACCUUGAAAUCCCAGGAUGCCCCGUAGUUGACGGCACUCAGUCCCCCCCCAUUUGGACAACCAGACCCUCCCCCACUAGUGCUUGAGCUGCUCUGAGGGAGGGUCUUGCAGAGGAAACUGAAAGGAUCAGUGUGCUUCCUCCCUCCUCCUCUCUUCUCCCUCUCCCUCGCCCCCCCUUUCUCCUCAGCAUCAGCCCUGCUGGGUAGGGUGCCCUGAAGGGAGACCCUGAGGAAAUGAUAGAAAGAGGAGAAAGAUCAAGUUUUCUCUGUCUCCUUUCACACAGGCUUUCCCUCCAUCUAGCUCAUCUCUCCGGCCUUUUCAUCUGCUUUUGUCCCCAUUCCACUCCCGCCCCCCCACCCCCCACCGCCCUGUUUCCGUGGGAGGGUGAGUGGGGGUGUGCUCUCCUCAGUGCUUCAUUCUCCUGGCUCCCCGUGCCCCUGGGGGACCCUGCUUUGUCUCCCCGCUCUGGGGCUUCCUGCUUCACUCCCAGCCCUGACUGACUGUGUCUCCUCUGCCCUCCCCAGUCGCCCUGUGGCCUGGUCCUGAAAUUCUCACCUGCGAGGUCCACAGUGACCUGGCACACUGGGAACGCGCAGUUUUCCGGCAGCCCCAGUGGUGCGGGCGCCCUGCAGCACGAUGCUAACUAAUUGCCAUCCUCCCUGGGAGACCGAGUGUGUGGGCUGGAGACAGGCAGCCCCCGUGGGGAGGGGCGCCGCUGGGAGCCUGGGACCAGGCUGGCCGCUGAGGUGGGGAGCAGGCUAGGGAUGAGGGGGCAGUGUGGUGGCAAGAGAGAGCUGCUCCUGACAGGGCCUGCUCUGAAGCCUGGCUCUGCUCCUCUCCUGCUGGGAGGCCUCCUCUGGGCCUCGGCUUCCUUACCGGGAAAGCGAGCGAGACGGUCGAGCCCUGCGAUCUCUAAGAUCCCUUCAACUCCGGUGACUCUGAGAUCUUACGUAUUCCUCAGUGUCACUGUCUCACACUGGGAUGGUUGCAGAAUCAUUUGCCCUAAAGGUCAAGGCCAUGCUUUGUCAGGCCACCAGGCCAUCCCAGAGCAGCCCGCAGGCUCCAGAGCCGGGAGCUCACAGUUCCUGCCACAAACACGCAGUGCCUGCUCCGGGCUGGGAAUGAGGCUGUGCCGGGCAUCCCUGGGAGUACAGGAUGGGGGCAGGGAGGAGCAGGCGUGGCCGUGGCCUCAGGGGAACUCACACACCUGGUGUCAGUGGGAGAGAUGAGCAGAGGAGGGUGGACAGGGAGACGGAACUUCCGCAGGCCUAGGGGUGUCAGGAGAGUGGAGUGUAGAGCUGAGCCCCCUCCGCCCCAGUGGGUGCCUCGGACCCUUGUGCUUUAUUCGCCGGCACACCCAGCCUCUGUGCGGAAACAGCACCAAAAGGGAACCUCUUCACCCAAGUCCGAGUUGCCGCCUGCCUGGCUUGUCUCCUGUAGGGUGUCCGUGGGAGAUGGGAGGCAGGAAGGGGGCAGGCACUCACAGGGGAGCCAGAUGCUGGGGUUCGGGGGGGUUCCCUGCUACUCAGGCCAGCUCUCCCAACACCUCUGGGCAUCUGCUGCCUCUUCCUUAUGCCCACCAGAGAACACACACAAUAAUAACAAAGUCACCGGUGCCAUUUUGUCCAGGCCGAAAAGGCUUUAUUGGGAUUCUGCACAGCGUCUCUGCUCCCACCUGGUGACAUUCAGCAUGUCUCGUCCAUUCUGUACAAAGCUGCUUGCUGAAUAAAAGGACAUAAAUCACCCAUCCCGUUGGAGACUGAGACAGCCCCGGCCACUGCACUCUCCGAGAUGUAGCUGGGCAGGAAGGGGAGAGGGUGGAAGCUUCUAGGAGGGGAUGGGGCGAGACCCUGACCCCUACCAUCUACAGGCCUGUGGAGAAAAGGAAGAUAGAAGGGGCCAAGCAGAAUCCACCUCAGCUGCUGGCCUACGUCUGAGCGCCAUGGAUUCCGUGACGUCGCCUCCGGAAUCGGGCUCUUGCUGCUCUAGGAAGCUGAUCUCUUCGUCCCUUAAUGCCCUGAUUCCUUAGCAGAUCCGUUCCAAGAAGAAAUGUAUUGAAUCAGGGUGUAUUGAAUUAGUAGGAGGCAUCCUGAGCUCAAGAGGCCAUGUCCAUUCCACUGUUUACCUGGGAAGUGUUUGGUUUUUUUUAUAAAGGAGAAAAGGGCCUGUGGCCUCGCUUGUCAAAUGGGGACAAUAGGACCCACGUCAUGCAAAUUACAGUUUUAAAAUGCAUGUAAAGUGCUUAUGUCAGUGACUGAGGCUAAGUCAGUUCUUUACGAAUAUUAGCUAUUUCCAUUAUUAUCUUUCUCACUUGAAAGCACAGGUCGGUAGAUGCCUCCCCAGCCUGGCCCUGGCCCGGUGGGGGGAUCCCUCAGAUGCCUCAGGUCUGGUUGGAGAUCAGGUCCACUCCCCAGACAGCAAGAACUUGCUGGGGCUUGCUAGGGAGGGAGGGGAGCUCAUUUGGGGGCCAUCCUGCACUCUGAGGAAAUCUUCUCUGGUGCUGAGAUGAGAGGGGCCCUGGCAGCCUGGCCUGAGGAGCCAGACAUCAGCUGGGGUAGGAUCCUGGGGUGCUGGAAGCUUCUCCCUCUCAGUUUUCACAUGGUUGGGGAAUCUGGCUCUGCUCUAUUUCCCUUCUGAAAUGUUCACCUCAGCAGUUUGAAGGCCAGUGAAGGGGGGGUGGGCUGGGUUAUCUUUUCUGAGGGGAAUCACAGACGCAG